AAGCAGCGGGUCUUAUUUUUCUACUCUCUUGUGGGAAUGAGUUGCCAAUCUUUCACUUCGGCCGAUACCUUUAUACCUCUGAAUUCUGAUGCUUCUGCAGCUCUGCCUCUGAUAAUGCAUCACAGUGCCGCUGAAUGCCUCCCAGUCUCCAACCAUGCCACCAACGUGAUGUCUACAGUCCCGUCUAUUUUGUCUUUGAUCCAAACUCCUAAAUAUUUGCACACGUAUUUCUCGAUGACAACUGUGGGAAAUACAGCGACGGGACUUCAUUAUUCUGUGCCUUCCUGUCAUUAUGGAAACCAGCCAUCCACCUAUGGAGUGAUGGCAGGCGGUUUAACCCCCUGUCUGUACAAGUUUCCAGAUCACACCUUGAGUCAUGGCUUUCCUCCCCUGCACCAGCCUCUCCUGGCCGAGGACCCCACAGCCUCUGAAUUCAAGCAGGAACUCAGGAGGAAAAGUAAACUGGUUGAAGAGCCAAUCGACAUGGACUCCCCAGAAAUCCGGGAACUUGAGCAAUUUGCCAACGAAUUUAAAGUGAGAAGAAUUAAGUUAGGAUACACCCAGACAAACGUGGGCGAAGCUCUGGCCGCUGUGCACGGCUCAGAAUUCAGCCAAACAACCAUCUGCCGAUUUGAAAACUUGCAGCUCAGUUUCAAAAACGCAUGCAAACUGAAAGCAAUAUUAUCCAAGUGGCUGGAGGAAGCCGAGCAAGUCGGAGCUUUGUACAAUGAAAAAGUGGGAGCAAAUGAGAGAAAAAGGAAAAGAAGAACCACUAUCAGUAUUGCAGCUAAGGAUGCUCUGGAGAGGCACUUUGGACAGCAGAGCAAGCCUUCCUCUCAGGAGAUCAUGCGGAUGGCUGAAGAACUAAACCUCGAGAAAGAAGUAGUAAGAGUUUGGUUUUGCAACCGAAGGCAACGAGAAAAACGGGUGAAAACCAGUCUGAACCAAAGUCUGUUCUCUAUUUCGAAGGAGCAUCUCGACUGCAGAUAA